AUGAUAAAGUCUGGUACCAAUUCUGAAAACAAUAUAGAUUGGCUGAAGCUCGCUGAAUCAUUUAAAGAGUUGUUAUAUUUGCUCAAUGAGUUACUUGACGAAGUGUCACUGAUGAAUUUCAACAAACUCAAACAGCGCCAAUGGAAGAAAUCCGGCUUGACGUCUUCAAAGGCCACCAUUAAAAACAACAACGAUACUACUAAUAAUAACAAUAGUAAUAGUAACAACAACAUUACUACUAACAAUAAUAAUAAUAAUGACAGUCUUGUUAUCGAUGUCAGAGCAGUCUCUACGUUGCAAGGGGAAGUGAAGAGGAAGAAGAAAAAGCGAAAAAGAACGAAAACUGAUGAAGAUGAUGACAAUAACAACAGCAAUAAUAAUAAUAAUAAAGACAACAAUAAUAUUAAUGUGGACGACGACAAUGAUGAUUUUGACUCCAAAGAAAUGGAAAUAUCAUCGCCAAAGAUGAAGCAGAAGAAAAAGAAAAAGCGAAGGAAUAAAAUUGAUGGUCAUCAUCAUAAUCACUAUAAUUAUAAUGAUGAUAUUAAUAAUAAUAACAAUAUCAAUGUCAUGAUUGAUGAUGGUGAUGAGGAGGAUGACGUUGAUGACGCCCGUAAAAUUAAAACGCUAUCAAAUGAAAAGAAGAAAAGGCGCAAAGUUUGUGAUUUCAUUAUGGUAGAUGACGACGAUGAUGAUGAUGGUGGUGGUGGUGGUACUCGUAAUGACGUCAUCAUCUGCAAUGAGGAUGAUGAUGACGGUAAUAUGGCUAUAAGAACUGGUAAGGAAAAAAAGAAAUCAUUGAAGAAGAAAAAACUUUGA